AUGCUGCUGUGGAUAAAGAACCGUUACGGCAAAGAUGCAGCUGUAAUCGUUACCGAGAAUGGUGUUAGCGAGUACAACGUGCAGGGGAUCACGAUGGACAAGGCGCUGUGCGACGUGCAGAGGGUUAACUUCCACAAGAGCUACCUUCAAAAUGUUCUGGACGCCAAGAACAAUGGAGUGAAUGUGCAGGGCUAUUUUGCGUGGUCGAUGAUGGAUAACUGGGAGUGGUCGCAGGGCUACACGCAGCGAUUCGGCAUGCUCUAUGUCAACUUCACGCACCCACUCAAGCCUCGGUACCCCAAGGCUUCCGCCAUUUGGUUCAAGAAUUUCUUAGCUACUAGCUAG